AUGGAGGAAACCGCAGCGAAGACGCUGGCUGGCUCUGCCUGUGUGAUGGACGCCCUCGCGGAGGAGGCAGCGGCGCCUGCCGCCCCGCAGGAGGAGAUCCCGCGUGGUCGUGCGCCCUUGGUUACGGUCCAGGACCCUGUGACCGGCGAAAUGGUGACGAUGACCAAGACAGCGGCGAAAAAAAUCACAAAACGUGCGCUGCGCGAGCAGAAAAAAGAAGCGACCAAGCAUGAACGUCGUGCGCGAGAACGUGCGCGUCGGAAAGAAAAACGAGCUCUCGCACGCGAAGCGCUGGCCAACGACCCUGAAGCAGCAGCAGCCGCGGCCCAAGCCCGGCAAAAACGGCCUGUGCCUGUGCCGUUUGACGCUCGCGUCGUUGUCGAUCUCGGCUUCGAUGACCUGAUGACAGCCGAUGAAGCGACGUCUAUGGCGUCGCAAUUGGGAUUCUUGUACGGCGUGAACCGUACAAGUAGCCACCCAUUCAAAGAGGUUGUGUUCACGGGCGCAGGUCGUAUCUCUGGCCAGGCGCUCGGCUUUGAUCCACCACAUGGAGGCGCGCAUGCUUUCCCUGCGCCGAGCACGCCUACCUCCUCGCUCAUGGAAGAUCGGGUGGGCCAGCAUAUGGAGCGCAAGAAUGGCGGUUCAUGGCGGCGAUGGCGGCGUGUCUCGCUCCUGGAAUUCGGCGGGUUGGAAGCGCUAUGGACACCGACCGAGGCGCAGCCUACGCCGAUGUGUGCUAGCAAGGACGACGUCAUUUAUCUUACCGCCGACACGGACGAUACGAUUGACGCUCUGGAGCCGGGCAAGACGUAUGUCAUCGGAGGCAUUGUCGAUCGAAACCGGUACAAAUACCUGUGCUCAAAAAAGGCCGAGGCGUUGGGACUGCGUAUGGCCCGCUUGCCUAUUGAUCCAUCGAACUUGGAUGGACAGCGGAUGCAGGCUCGCAAAGUGCUCACAGUCAAUCAGGUGUUUGCCAUCCUUGUGGGAUGGACAGAGACGCGCGAUUGGACGGCCGCAUUGAAGCGCGGAUUGCCGACACGCAAGUUUCUCGCGCCGACAGAGUCGGACGUUGCAUCGCCCAGCGAAGCGGCCGAGGAAGAUACCCAUACGUAG